AGCGGAGACUGCAGACAUAGUACAGGAGAUGACCAGAGACUGCAGACAUAGUACAGGAGAUGACCAGAGACUGCGGACACAGUACAGGAGAUGACCAGAGACUGCGGACACAGUACAGGAGAUGACAGGAGAUGACCAGAGACUGCGGACACAGUACAGGAGAUGACCAGAGACCAGAGACUGCGGACAUAGUACAGGGAUGACCAGAGACUGCGGACAUAGUACAGGGGACAGGGGAUGACCAGAGACUGCGGACAUAGUACAGGGGAUGACCAGAGACUGCGGACACAGUACAGGGAUGACCAGAGACUGCGGACAGUACAGGAGAUGAUCAGAGACUGCGGACACAGUACAGGGAUGACCAGAGAUGCGGACAGUACAGGGAUGACCAGAGACUGCAGACAGUACAGGAGAUGACCAGA